GAGUUGGAUAAGCCACCCUCACAAGUCAGAAGAUCCACUGAUCCUCCCUCUUUCCCAUGGCCAAGCCAUCCUCCUCUCCUCUUCCCAAAUCCCAAUAACAAAACUCUCCUCUCUCUCUCUCUCUUCCAACCUUCUUCUUCCGACUCGAAAUGGCUGCAGCAAUCGCUUCUCUCUCCUUUCCGGCGCUGGGCCAAUCCGCAAAGAUCUCCAAUUCAACCACGCCUUCUCUUCCUCUCGCCUCCGUCUCCGCCAUCUCCAGGAGGAUUUCUCGCCACUCUUUGACUUCUUCUAGGGCUUCCACUUCCUCUUCGAAACUAAUCAUCCACUGCAUGUCUAGUGUUACCGAUGUGCCACCUGUAUCGGAGACAAAGUCAAACUUCCUAAAAGCGUACAAGCGACCAAUCCCCAGCAUCUACAACACCGUCCUCCAGGAGCUCAUCGUACAGCAGCAUUUGAUGAGGUAUAAAAAGACUUACCGUUACGACCCUGUUUUCGCCCUCGGCUUCGUCACUGUCUACGAUCAGCUCAUGGAUGGUUAUCCCAGCGAUCAGGAUCGUGAUUCCAUUUUUCAAGCCUACGUCCAAGCUUUGAAUGAGGAUCCUAACCAAUACCGAACUGAUGCGCAGAAGAUGGAGGAAUGGGCGCGAAGUCAGACUUCUGCUUCACUAGUUGACUUCUCGUCUAAGGAGGGAGAAGUUGAAGCGAUUCUUAAGGACAUUUCAGAAAGAGCUGGGAGUAAGGAGGGUUUCAGUUACAGCAGGUUCUUCGCUGUUGGCUUGUUUCGCUUGCUUGAGCUUGCAGGUGCUACUGAUCCCACCGUCCUUGACAAGCUUUGUGCAUCCCUAAAUAUCAACAAGAAAAGCGUGGAUCGGGACCUCGAUGUGUAUCGCAACCUGCUUUCGAAGCUUGUCCAAGCCAAGGAACUACUCAAGGAGUAUGUCGAGAGGGAGAAGAAGAAGCGAGGGGAAAGAGCCGAAUCCCAGAAAGCUAACGAAUCAAUCUCCAAGUCUCUGGGAGAUAAUAGCUUAUCUUUCUUGGUUUAAUGGAUAUUAUAAACGAUCAAUUUGUGAAUUUUUGUUUUUGUUUUUUGUUUAUUGUUCUUAGUAACAACUGCAACUACUUGACCCUAAGACAUACGUGUGCUCAUUCCUAAGAACAAAAUAUCCCUUUCGAUUUUAUGAGUUUUUACACAA